CAAAAAGUCAACUCGGAUGACUGAUCUCAGCGUUUCCCGAUCAGACUUUUGCAUUAAAAGUCGUUCCGCCAUGAGUACCCAUCCACCGUCAUUGUAGGCCCUCUCCAUCGCAUAUUGAAAGCCGGCAAUGGCCGAUGCGCCGCUGCGCAAUGGCAAUGCUUCCGCCGGUUCCAAGAAAGCGUUUCACUUCCUCGCCGGCUUGACGUCGGGCACCUUCACAGCCAUCCUCCUGCAGCCGGCGGACCUCCUCAAAACCCGCAUCCAACAGUCGUCUCACUCCAACAUCCGCAACCCGCUCCUUCACACCAUCCGGCAAAUCGCCGCCUCGCCUGCGCCAGUCAGACAGUUAUGGCGCGGCACCGUCCCCUCCGCCUGGCGGACGGGCCUGGGCAGCGCCUUGUACUUCGGCAGCCUCAACGUCAUGCGCAGUAAGCUCGCCGCCGCCGGCAUCGGCACCGUCCCGCUCGCGCCGGGGAACAAGUCCAGCAGCGCCUUGCCGAAGCUGUCGAGCACGACGAACCUGCUCACGGGAGCCGUGGCGAGGACGUGGGCCGGAUUCGUCAUGAUGCCCAUCACCGUCAUCAAGGUUCGCUACGAGUCCUCGUUCUACAACUACACGUCGCUCGCCGCCGCGUCGAGGGACAUACUGCGCGCCGAGGGCCUCCGCGGCUUCUUCGCCGGGUUCGGCGCUACGGCUGUCCGUGACGCGCCGUACGCAGGCCUAUACGUAUUUGGCUACGAGGACUGCAAGAAGCGGCUUUCGAAGCUGACGUCUGGGACGAGCGCGGGGACGAAUGCCGUCAUCAACUUCACCUCGGGCGUCAUCGCCGCCGGGACCGCGACGGCCAUCACAAACCCGUUCGAUGCCAUCAAGACGCGGCUGCAGCUCAAGCCACAGAGAUACGGAAACAUGUUCCGCGCGGCGAAGAUGAUGGUGCAGGAGGGAGGCCUGCGAAGCUUGUUCGACGGCUUGGCGUUGCGCAUGGCACGAAAAGCCAUGAGCUCCGCGUUGGCCUGGACCGUGUAUGAGGAACUCAUAAGAAGAGCAGAAGUGAGAUGGCUGGCAGCCGCAAAGGAAGCAGUGUAGCAUUCCACUCUUAACGUGUUUGAGGCAACGACCUCUUGCAUGAUACUUGCUGUAUUGUACUCUACUCAAUGUACCAAGAUGAUCAUGGAAGCUUUUUAGGGUGAAAAUGUACACAUAAAUAAGGAUGCUUCACGAUUUUCACGAAGAAUGGACAAACUUCUAUUUAGAAACAUCGCAUUCACGCUAAUAAUGCAGGUAAGGUGAAAAGCC